AUGGAUCUUGUUGAACCCCGAGCCCGUCAUGGCCCAGAGCCUGUUGUUGACCAUGACCCCGUUCUUGAUGAUGCCCCAGCCGUUGCACCGCCAGAUAUGGGUGCACCAGCCAUUGCACCUCUUGUUGAUGAUAUACCCAUUGCUGAUCUUCCCGUUGUUGCUCAACCAUUGGUGGAUGAUCCUGUUGUUGAUGCAAAUCUACCCGAUCCCGUGCCGGUAUUGCUUGACCGUGCACCUUUUGCUGCUCACAUAGACCCUCGUUAUGCCGACACCCGCAACGGGUGGAUCGAUGAUGACGACGAUUACCCACCAUUUGUGCUGCCUGUCACUCCUCCAGUAGCACCUGUUUCUGCACCCACUGAUAUCCCACUGUUUCCCCCACACACCACCGAUGUUCAUUGUACUGAUCUUCCCAUUACGUUCCUCCAGGACAUACCGCCACCUCGUCCUAGAGAGGGGUCAUCGAGGCACCCGCCUGCUUCUAUUCCACCGGUACUGUCAUCACCUUUUCCGUUCACAUCUCAGUUUCCUCAUGUUGCACCACCUACUGCACCAUCUUUCAUGCCAUCGAGCGAGCCUUUUUUGCGGACUACGCCCCCUGUUAUGCCAUUAUCUGAUCCGUACCACCCGUACCAUGUUGGGUACACUACGGAGGACAUACUUACAUCCCUGAUGAUGCAGCAGGAUGCAUUGACACAUCGUAUUCAGGAGUUGGAGAAAGCUCCACGACCACCUUGCCACUGUCAGACCCCCUUUGCAGCACCACACACUCCUCGUCCGCUUUCCCCUAAUUCAGACAUUCGUUUCUUGACAUCUAAGCAGCAGAUUGCAUAUUUGUUGCGCAUCUGUCGUGCCUUAGAGGAGGACUGGUUGCUCAUGCGUCGCUUGCUUUUCUCUCAUUUUCCUCAUCCUCCUCUUCCGCCAUCAGCAUAG